CCGGCGAUAUCAUCAUUCACCAUUCCAAGGUUCACUCUUGCAUACACCACCAUUGCUCCAAUCGGCCCUCUUUCUCUCUCUUCUUUCUCCUCAACCUCUCCUGUAAUACCCUCUCCACCAUGUUCUCGGUUGCGAGGCAGUCCGUCCUCCGCCAAGCGCGAUCCCACCUCAGACGCUCCCAGCCUACCGUGUUACCGCAAUUCUCCGCCGUCGCACGCCUACUAUCCACACUCGCACUGCUCGAACAGAGGGAAGGAAAGCUCAAUGUCUCGUCGCUGGCCGCCGUGACAGCCGGCCAGAAGCUGGGGGGGUCAGUGACUGGUUUCAUUGCGGGGAGUGGGGUAAAGGCAGUGGCCGAGGAGGCGGCGAAGGUGCAGGGCAUUGAGAAGGUCAUAUACGUGGAGAAUGACGCGUACGAUAAGGGACUACCAGAGAGCUUCGCACCACUACUCGUAGAAAACAUAAAGAAGGGCGGCUUUACACACGUUCUCACAGGCCACUCGGCGUUUGGGAAGAACCUCAUGCCUCGAGUAGCAGCACUGCUGGACUCUCAGCAGAUCUCAGACAUCACGGCCAUCGAGAGCGAGGACACCUUCGUACGGCCCAUUUACGCUGGCAAUGCUAUCCUCACUGUUCAAUCGUCCGACGGCGUCAAAGUCAUCACUGUCCGAGGGACUGCAUUCCAACCAGGCGAAUUGACGGGCGGCUUAGCAGAAGUGGUCGAGGGCGUGGAUCCCAAGGCCGAAAAUCCCACCGAGUGGAUAUCAGAGGACCUUGCCAAGUCAGACCGACCAGACCUUGGGACCGCUACCAAAGUCGUGUCUGGAGGGCGAGGCUUGAAGUCGAAGGAAGAGUUCGACAGGAUUAUGCUACCAUUGGCCGACGCGCUGGGCGCAGCUGUAGGAGCCUCUCGAGCAGCAGUCGACAGUGGAUACGCAGACAACAGCCUACAAGUUGGGCAGACUGGAAAGAACGUGGCACCGCAGCUCUACCUGUGCGCAGGUAUCUCAGGCGCUAUCCAGCAUCUGGCGGGAAUGAAGGACAGCAAAGUCAUUGCGGCGAUUAACAAGGACGCGGAGGCGCCCAUAUUCCAGGUAGCCGAUGUCGGCCUCGUGGGAGAUCUAUUCGAGAGGGUGCCUGAACUGACAGAGAAGCUUAAGGCGCAAUAGAAAGGACGAGAUUAUAUUCCCUGUAUAUAGUAACAAAACUCUUGUCAAUCGUCUGCACCCUAGUCCUAC